AUGGCCUCAGCAGAAACCGAUGCUGUACAAGCAAAAUUGGCUAAGACCCUACAAAGAUUCGAAAGUAAAAUCAAAGCCGGAGAUUAUUACGAAGCGCAUCAGACAUUGAGAACUAUUGCUAAUAGAUAUGUUAGAAGUAAAUCAUACGAGCAUGCCAUUGAACUGAUUAGUCAGGGUGCUCUCUCAUUUUUAAAGGCAAAGCAAGGCGGUUCGGGCACAGACUUGAUCUUCUAUCUUCUUGAAGUCUAUAAUUUAGCGGACAUUAAAGUGGAUGACGUCUCAGUUGCCAGAUUGGUCAGGUUAAUAGCCGAGUUAGAUCCUAGCGAACCUAAUUUGAGAGAUGUCAUUACCGGUAUGAAUAACUGGUCUAUCAAGUUUAGUGAGUAUAAGUUUGGAGACCCAUACUUACAUAAUGUUAUUGGAAUCAAGCUAUUAGAAGGUGGCUUCGUUUAUGAGGCUGAAAGAUACUUUAUGUUGGGCACACACGAUUCAAUGGUUAAAUAUGUUGAUUUGUUAUGGAAUUGGUUAUGCCAAGUGGACGAAAUUGAAGACAGCACAGUGGCAGAAUACUUCAGCAGAUUGAUUUUCAAUUAUCUAUUCAUCUGUAACAUAUCAUUUGCACACGAAUCAAAGGAUAUUUUCUUGGCAAGAUUUAUUGAGAAAUUUCAACCCAAGUACGAGGAAAUUGAAAAGAACGGUUAUAAAAUAUUUUUCUUCGAAGAUUAUUCUGAUUUAAAUUUCUUGCAGUUAUUGCUAAUUACAUGUCAGACCAAGGAUAAAAACUACUUCCAAAAUUUGAAGAAUCACUAUUUGGAUUUCUCUCAAGUUUACAAAAGCGAAUUGGAAUUCUUGGGCCAAGAGUAUUUCAAUAUUGUUGCUCCCAAGCAGUCCAACUUCUUACAAGAUAUGAUGUCAGGUUUCCUAGGAGGAUCAAAAUGA